AUGAGUCUGUGGACUAACGGCUCCUCCGAGGAUCUCUUCCCCGGGACGCAGGGACCCAUACCGGACUCCAACUCAUCCUCCAACCGCACCGACGGCUCGCAGCACCGCGGGGCCCCCGGCGCCGCCCCGCUGGACCUGAGCCGGGCGGUGCCGGUGGGCAUGGUGCUGGCCUCCUUCAUCAUGUUCGCCAUCGUGGGGAACAUCCUGGUCAUCCUGUCGGUGGUCUGCAACCGACACCUGCGGAUCCCCACCAACUACUUCAUCAUCAACCUGGCCAUAGCGGACCUGCUGCUGGGCACCACCGUGCUGCCGGUGUCCGCCACGCUGGAGGUGUUGGAUUAUUGGGUGUUUGGUCGGAUCUUCUGUGACAUCUGGGCGGCGGUGGACGUGCUGUGCUGCACGGCCUCCAUCAUGUCCCUCUGCGUCAUCUCCAUCGACCGCUACAUCGGCGUUCGCUACCCGCUGCAGUACCCGACCAUCGUCACGGAAAGGCGGGCGCUGCUCGCCAUGCUGGGCGUCUGGAUCCUCGCCAUCAUCAUCUCCAUCGGCCCGCUCCUAGGCUGGAAACAGCCGCCGUCACAGGACGACACCGUGUGCCUCAUCACCGAGGAGCCCUUCUACGCCCUCUUCUCGUCCCUCGGUUCCUUCUACAUCCCGCUCGCCGUCAUCCUCGCCAUGUACUGCCGCGUCUACAUCGUGGCCAAGCGCACCACCAAGAACCUGGAGGCCGGCAUGAUGAAGGAGCGGGCGGAGGACUCCAGCGAGCUCACGCUGAGGAUCCACUGCAGGAACCAGCAGAUCCAGGAGCUGUGCCCCACCUCCAAGGCCGGCGGGGGCGGGGCUUCGACCGGACGCAGCUCACUCACCGUCAAGUUGCUGAAGUUCUCCCGAGAGAAGAAAGCGGCCAAGACGCUGGGCGUGGUGGUGGGCAUGUUCAUCCUGUGCUGGCUGCCCUUCUUCCUCGCUCUGCCCAUCGGCUCGUUCAACAGCAGCCUGCGUCCUCCUGAAACCUUCUUCAAAGUCAUCUUCUGGUUGGGAUACUUCAACAGCUGCUUGAACCCCAUCAUCUACCCGUGCUACAGCCGAGAGUUCAAACAGGCCUUCAUCCGGAUCCUGCGCUGCCGCUGGAAGAGGAAGCGUCAGGGCUGGCAGGCGUACUGCAACUACCGCGGUCAUCAGGGCUCCAACAACUCGUCCUUCAUGAACGGCAGCCAGCAGACGCUGUCCUCCGUCAGCCCCAGCCCGCUCUGCGUCACCUCCAGGCUCCACCCACCGCCGUGGCCCUCCUCCUCCUCCUCAGACAGAGACCUCCUCCCUGGAUCUGCGGUGGGGCGUGGACGGCUGAGCCAGCGGCCUCCUAAAGAUGCUGGGACUGGGCGGAGUCUGGGAGUGGGACGACGGGCAUCAAUGAACGGGGACGCCGCCGUCUGA